AUCCUGUCUAUCAGUGAUGUUGACAAUUAAAAAAGAGAAACGGAGCAGCAGCCCCCAUGUACGCGCAAACGCUCGCUGGGAGACCGCUGUCGCGCAUCACAGAGCUGCAGCGCAGUCAGUGGCCAGUCAUUCUGCGUUUACCGAAGCAAAAAUUACUUGUCAUCGAUUUAGAAAAGACAAAAUAAAGGCUGUGAAGUUCCGGAAUUAGAACGACUUCGCAAUUACUGUUUUACUCUCUCUCACUUUGAGGAGAUGGUUACAAAUAGGUAUACGGCUUAAAUAACUUUCCUGCAACAAGAAGUUUUUGCAUGUCAGCCUGAAUAAAACUUGCCGCGAUAACCGCAGGCGGGGGUUUAUAGAUGGGUUGUCGUUGCGCUCUUAGUGGGACAACUGCUGGCAAGUAAUCUAUUUUAAAAGUAAAGGGAGGAGGGGGGCAUCACGCUGGUUUAGCCUCUUCCUCUAAUAGGAAGAGAAUGUGUGUUUUAUGUCAUCUACAGUCUCUCACAUGUUUCCCAUCCUCUUGUUUCAACUCGCGCAAGAAGUGACAGGGUCCAGCCGUGUCUUUGUGGCUCUCGCGUCUCCGUCCAGGGCUCUCUUUCGUCUUAUUUUAUUUAUUUAUUUUUAAAUUGUAUUUCAUUUUACUCUCGUGUUGCGUUCCGCUAGUUUGCCUUUUCCUUAAUUACACGACCUUAAUGAAUACCUGAGGAGAGAACAAGGGACCGUGCGUUUUUUAAGUUGUGAAAUCGGAUAGGCUAGCUGAGGAAAAAGUGCCUGUAAUGAGAAGCAACCUUUGGAAUUCCUCCUCGUGAAAAUUCCGACUCUGCUGUUUUUCCCCUCUCCUCUUGCUUUUAGGCUUGAAGACAUGAUCACUAGCACCAGUAUUUAUGGUCUAAAGAUGCAGUGGACCCCAGAGCACACACAAUGGGCAGAGCAACACUUUGACAUCUCAUCCACUACCCGCUCACCAGCACACAAAGUAGAGGCCUACCGAGGGCACUUACAGCGAACGUACCAGUAUGCGUGGGCAAACGAUGACAUCUCUGCACUGACUGCCUCCAAUCUGCUUAAGAAAUAUGCAGAGAAGUACUCUGGGAUCCUAGAGGGCCCAAAUGAAAGAGCACUGCUGUGUUCCUACUCUGAUAGCACCACUGGACUCAUGAAUGGACGAAAGUCAGAGAAUGAGUCCUGGCAGGAGGGGAUUUACCCAAUGAACUGUGCUCCAGAUGUUAUAUCUGUAAGCAAAGCUGGAAUGACAGCUGCCCUACCCCCUACAGAUGUGUCGGCCAGCAUAGGCAGCUCCCCAGGGGUGGCCAGCAGCUUGUCUGAGCCUAGCUAUUCAAGCAGCAACUGCGGGAGCCACACAGCCACCACGCUCCACUCGGGUCUCCCCUCUCAGGAAUAUACUGCCAGCUACAACGGCUCCUACCUGCAUUCUAGCUACAGCGGCCAGAGUACCCCAGCCCUCCCCUCCCCCCACCCUUCUCCUUUGCACAGUGCUGGGCUAUUACAACCACCACCCCCACCUCCUCCCCCUACCUUAGUGCCAAGCUACAACUCUGGGUCUCCAAACCUUCCCAACUACAAUUAUCCUCCAACAGGGUAUCCUUCUCAGACUGCUGUUGGUCCUGGUUAUAGCCCUGGGGGAGCACCCCCUCCUUCUGCUUAUCUGCCAUCCGGUAUUGCAGCUCCAACACCGAUCCCUCCUACCACACUGCCUGGCUACACCUACCAGUCCCAUAAUCAUACACCAAUUACACCAACACCUUUGAAUGGCAGCACAUCCAACUCAUUAAAACGAAAAGCUUUCUACAUGAGUGGACAUGGAGAUAUGGACUCUAGCUAUGGUAAUUUCAACUACAGCCAACAGCGCUCUUCACAGAGCCCAAUGUACAGAUUAACAGACAGCAGUGUCUCAGACUCAAACAGAGGCAAUGGCUUUGACAGAAAUGCUGAGGCAUCGUCUUUAGCAUUUAAGCCAACCAAACAGCCAAUGUCUUCUGAUCAGCAAAGAAAAUUCAUUAUACACUCUGGCAGAGCACUAACUCCUCCAUCCUAUGGAUCAACCAAAAGCUCUGUGGGUGAUCUCAGAAAUGGUGAGCCCUACAACAAGUUUGGAUCCCCCAUCAUGAGCGAGCAAACUGAAGAGCACAGACAGCACCUCUCUCACUCCCUAACAGGGCCUGACAUUGGUACGGCUACCUCGUCCAUCCAUGCUGCAGAGGAACAACUGAAGAACAGUGACUCCAACCUGGUGGAGAUGGUGACCACAGAAAUCCUUCAGCAGGGUCCUCCAGUAGACUGGAGCGACAUUGCAGGUUUGGAUAUGGCUAAAGCAGCCAUCAAAGAGGAGAUACUUUGGCCCAUUUUAAGACCAGAUAUGUUUAGUGGACUUGCUACAUUACCUCGAAGCCUCCUUUUAUUUGGACCUCAGGGAACUGGUAGAACGCUGCUGGCCCACUGCAUGGCCAACCAACUGGGGGCUGCCUUCUUGCGACUCAGCAGCUCAGCUCUGGUGACCAAGUGGCUAGGGGAAGGGGACAAAAUCAUCCAGGCUUCUUUCCUGAUGGCCCGGUGUCGCCAGCCAGCAGUGGUGUUCAUCAGAGAGGUGGACCUGCUGCUGUCAGCCCAGCUCAGUGAGGAUAGCCCAGUGAAUCGCCUCAGGGCUGAGCUCCUCAUGCAGCUUGACAGUAUUCUGACCUCUGCUGAGGACCAUGUCCUUGUGAUCUGCUCCACCAAUAAGCCUGAAGAGAUCCCAGAGUCCCUACGGAGGUACUUUACCAAGCGACUGCUCAUCCCCUUGCCUGAUGGAACAGCGCGACACCAGAUAAUCAGCCAACUGCUCUCACAGCACAACUACUGUCUUAGUGACAAAGAGAUGUCACUAUUGGUUCAGAGGACAGAGGGCUUUUCAGGACUGGAGGUGACCCAGCUGUGUCAAGAGGCGGUGGUAGGUCCUCUCCAUGGCAUUCCUGGUACUGAUCUGUCAACCAUCCAUCCCACUCAGAUGAGACCGGUUUCCUACCAAGACUUUGACAAUGUGUUUUGCAAAUUUCAGCCCAGCAUAUCACAAAAAGAACUUGACAUGUACACUGAAUGGAAUAAAAUGUUUGGUUGUACUCAAUAAAAAGAGACCCAUCAAACACAAUUUCUUUAACAACCCAGUAGUUGAAUACAAGUAAGUGUUUGGCCUUCAGUGAAGAAAAAUAACAAACAGCGGCGACAUGGACAUAUUAUUUACAGCAAAGGGAUUGUCCUUGAAGGCUUUAGAUAGAAGAUGACAUACUGGACAUCACACAUUGGUAAAAAUAAAUUAAAUGCUUUAUAUGGCUGAUGCUAUGUGCUCACUAAAACUUGGAGAAGACGCCCCAGUUUUUGUACAUACAUAUAUAAAUAUAUAUACAUACUAUUCUGCUGAUCUUGAGAUUUAGUUGCUAUCAAGUGCCUAAGGUGGUGCUGUUUAAGUUUUUUUUUUUUUCUUUUUGCCUCACAAUCUUCAUUGGUGAUGUGCUAAUAUAAAAAAGCUUUAAAAGGAGACAAAAAACGUGCUUUCUCUUUUCCAUUAGAACAGUGUUUUUUACAGCUGUGUCUGUUUCGUGUUCUCUGUGAAGUUAAUUUGAGCUAAAUUAAAUUUAUUGACAUAAUUACAGUUGGGCUUCAUUACCUUACACAGGUUUUAUUUGUGUGUACAUUCUUUAAUUACAAAAAAAAAUUCUGGAACAAUGCGAUUUGUUUUCUAGCCAAUUUAGGGUGAAUUUGGUUGCCUCUCCACUAUAGAUGAAAUUACGAAAACAAAUAUUAUUUUACAAUGUGACAUUAAUCUAAACAAUAAAUUACUAUGUAAUUGCUGUUAAAAUAUUGUUACAGUAGUCAUUCACAGUGUUUCACAUAAAUGUAAAAUUCUACCAUUAUUUCUUUUGAUGUUCUCUAUUUGAAAACUCAGGAAAGUGAAAAUGAUAUGUAUAGUACCUCAUAAUCUUGUGAUGAAGCACUACACACUACUAGAGCAUUUGGCUUGCAUUUGAAAUUCCAUCAUCAAACCAUGUAAGGCUAUAUAAUACCUCAAAAAGCUCAAAAUGAAAUGAGAAGGUUCCUACAAUGAAUGUAUGAGAGUAAUUCUGGUUUAUUUACAAGACAGAAAAGUAAUUUGUUCGGGGUUCUUUACAUCCUAUACUUUAGCUUGUGGUGAUGCAGAGCUGAGAGAAAUUCGAAAGGUGCAGACAAACAUCUUGGGGUUGAGGAAGACAGCUGCCCCGAGCUAUUUCAUUCCAUCUUGCUGCUGUUUUAUCAUUAAUGAAACCUAAGGAUUAUGUAUAGCCUAAGUUCCUUUCUACCUCAGUUUGUUAGUUAUCUCUGAAAGACAAAUUUAUGAAGACAGCAAAAUGUCAGCACCUAUUCUGCUUGUUCGAGGAGGAAACCUUCUGAGAGAACACCAAACAGUAUUUUGUUGUGUGCAAAAUCUAUUAGCUUUACAUUUUGAUAACUCCCAAGAACCCUGUGUCUCACCACAUAAUGCCCUUCAAGGGGAAUACCACUGAAUAUCAGGUUUGCCUUAGGACAAUUUGGUCUGUAUUAGCUAACAUUCACCAGUGCAUCUAGUUGUCAAUGUUUGUUUGGCACCUGAAUCUGGGAUGUCAAUCGAUAAUCUAAAUGUGACAGCAUUUGCAGUGACGUUUGGUAUGCAUUUUCUGGCUUAAAAACAAUUCUAUUAUCUUAAUAUAGUUUACAGUAGAAUUGGUUUGACUGUCUUAAGACAUUACUGUAACAUUCAUGAAUUGAGUGGCAUUCCUUUUUAAGAGCAUGUCUUGAAGGUUAGUCUCACUGUACACAAAACUGUUAUUUUUACUCUGUCAUGUCAUUUUCACAUUUAAACUGUUGUGUUUACAGUGCUAUUAAUCACAACUUGCUGCCAUUAAUCCGUACAUUUCCAUCCAGUCUUUUUGGCAAUGAAAGAGCAGGACUGAAUUGGCAAGUCAAAAUGUUACUGAAUGUAUUAUGUCCUCUAAGCAGUAAGGACAGCAAAGCACUCGCACAUUGAAAAAUGCCACUGAAGUAGAUAGCACUGUAGGUGUGGGUGUAUACUAAUACUGCAGAGGCACUAAAGAACCUUGUGAUAGUUUUUCAAAGGAGGUCCCUUCAUGUUUGUUUUCUAUUGCACACCUUUUACCUGUUUACCUUUUUUGCAUAUUAAUCACUGAUACCUGGUUUGGUAUCAUCAACUCUUAUAAACCUGUAUUGGGAUGGAUACAGAGCAUCUAAACAAUAGCAAAGAAACUAUAUAGCAGCAGAGAUAUCUAGCAAGCUUGCCAAAAAUAAUAUCUUGUUGUAGUUUCACAUUAUCUCUGUUAGAGAUAUUUACUCCAGUGAUAAGACGGAUGACAGCAUUUUCAAUAAAUGCACACAAGUCACAGGAAUUGGUAAACCAUUUUUAACAUAAAUAUAACUGAACAGACAACUAUGUAGAAUUUGAAUGCCCAUUUAUGUUUGUUGUUAAACAUUGUUUUCUCAGAUUAUAUGGAUGUGGGCAAUUUUAACUUUUAACUUUAAUACUUUUCCUAAUUGACAGGGUCACAUUUUUCACAUGGCAGAUUGCCCCAAAAUUACACAGGACCACCUUUACAACAAGAUUUUAGUAUUCAUUCAUGCAAACAGUGCAAACUACAAAAGUAGUUUGAGUAACCUUAGACAAAGCAUUUUUUUCCCCUUAAUCUACACAUACACCACAUCCAGGGUGUCCAAAGCCAAAUUUGUUUUCACAUCAAUGUGUCCAGUUGAAGUUGAAGACCAUUUGAAACCUUCAAAAAUUAACAAGUUAUACAGGAAAUUUGGCCAACAUUAUUGGAAAAUAAAUUUUUAGAAAGGUUGUUUUUACUACUUUAACUGGAGAAGUAUAGGGAAUGAGCAAAGCCCCGAAACCAAAGUAAAGCAGCUUUCUUUUGAAUAAUAGAAAGAGUUUAUGAACAGUCAUUCACCUCUGCGUGGAAUACGAAUAGAAGCUUGGCUGAUUUGUUUAUCUUCAAAAAAAAAAUAGGAAAUAGCUGAAAAUGUCACAUACCACACAAUGUAUUGUUACACUGGAAUUUAAUUGUUUCUGUGUCUGUGAUUACUAAAUUUUAAAAGUAAUUUUGACGGGUUUGACAAGAAGGUGAUAAGAAGCUUCAAGUGCCAUUAACAAGAUCAAAUUUCACGCAUUUAAGAGGUUGACUGUUCAUGAACUUACAGAGAGAAUUUUCAUCACAAGCAGACAGUAAAAAGGCUCACAGCCAAAUACGAUAUGAGGAAAACACUUAAACAUUUGUUUAGAUAGGGUGUAAAUUUCACAUACUAUAGAUGUUAUCAUAAAAAAUACUCAUUCGUUGUUGAGGGUGACGUGAUGAAAGGGCCAACAGUCACAAUCAGCACUUGAGCAGAACCUAUGACAAGCACAUCGAGUCUCACAGUGAUGCCAACUCAGUCACUUGAAUCUGUUUUUUUCAGAAUCUGUCAGUAUUUCUGUAUUACAUUUUGCUGAGAAUUGCUUAAGACUUUGAUUCCAUCCUUAUGUAGUUUUAUAGUCUGGCAUUCUUUAAAACCAUUUCUACCUCAUUGCUACAUAUUGUACAUGUAGUACUUAUGUCCUGUCAUUUUGAAUGUCAUGCAUUUGUGGAUAAAAAGUUAAAAUAACAAAAAAAAAUAAUGAACAAAAAAAAAGCUUGCCCUUAAUCUGAGCAGUCUACCUCAAAAAGACUGUCUUUACACUGUCAAGUACAAGUCACAGAAAAAAUAAGGCACCUUGAGGGCACAGAUGAAGUCAAUCUGCACAUACUAACGUACAGUUUAUUUACAAUACCACAUUCCCAUUGAAUUGUUGUGGGCUGUGUAGGUCUUCUACAAGGUCACCAAUGCAAAUGUAUUUCCUAAAAAGUAACAAAUUGCUUUAAUCCUUUGUUAACUGUUGUAUUGCGCAUGUUAAUGUGUAUGUAUGUGCACUUGCAAGUAUGAGGGGAUAACAUAAAGAUAUGAAAACUUUUGAGUUUUUACUUUUCAUAUACAUGUACAGAGAAUGAACUUGCACAUAGCUGUAUGUAUUGUACAUUUGCUAAUGAUAUACAACAUACAUACGAAAAAUGCACCACAUACAUGUUUAUAUGUGUGUAUGUAUUGCCAUACUUACAGUACAGUCAAUUUAAAUGUAUUUUGAUUUCAAGGUACAUAAAGGUUAAUGAAAUACUGAAUAAAAAUGUUUUCUUUUUUUUUCUCAUGAAAACUGGAUGCAUUUUGUACCUUCACUUGAUUAAAUUUGCAAUGGUGUGAUCGA